AUGGCAAAGGAUAACAACAACAUUAACACGGAUGAUCUCACUGGUGCAACUCCAUCGUCGUCUGUGAAAGCGACCCCGGCGUCCUCAUCCACAACGACGGAAGGUGAAAACGGCCCGAACACGGUUGAAGCACAGUCCACUUCGCCAUCACUACCACCAGCAACGAGCAGCGCAGAAGUGCCACGAAGAGAGGAAAAUCCUUUUUCAUUCAAACAUUUUCUCAAAUGGGACGGCAACCAUGCGGCGAAUGGGGCCAGCUCGGGCGGUACGGGGACAGUCCCUUCAAGCAGCAUAAAUCACAGCCGUAGUGCAUCGAGCAUAAAUGGACACGGAAGCAGUUCGCUUGCGGAUGGUGCUGGUACUGGUUGCAGUAACGGCACGAAUGGAACAUUCGAUGUAAAAAUGAGCGGAAUUGUGUCUGGCCCGAACGGCACCCAUAUGGGGAGUAAUUUAACGGCGGUAACCACCGCUACCACCAGCACCGGUUCACCAUCGAAAUCGGCCACAACGAGCUCACUUAAUGUGGUAAGCUCAACGACGGGUGCCCGACCAAAAAUUCCACAAUUCCAAUCGGUCAACACGCUUAGCAGUGAGUCGAAGAUGAAACGAUCGCCACGUUUUCCCUCGUUCGAUUCCCAGUCCAGUCUGUCUGAUUUUGCGGAUGAUCGGUUCGGUCCGAUUUACCAGAGUCGUAGCAAUGGUUCCUUCAACUCCGAUUAUCCUGCUGGUGGUAGUACCGGAAACAGUGGUAUGCGUGAGGAUGCCAACGGAAUAGAGCAGCUAGGCGAGCAGGUAGAAUUGCUACGUGGAUAUGUGCAGCGAUCCUAUUCGAAUUAUGAUCUCGAUAGCCCUGGUUCGUCCGCGGUUGGAGCAGAUCGGCGGAAUGAUCUGGAAGCGCAUAACGAACCAUCCAGCAGAGGGCUAGUAGGUGCGACCGAAUUUUCCGCAGUCUUGCCCGACUUUGUGCAGGAUCAUCUCGUGAUGGAACAGUGGUACAACACACUGCCAAAGGGUGCCGGAAGUGGUUCAUCGGGAUCGGCCGAUUUUGAGGAUGUGUUAGAUCUGACCGGAGUCGCCAACGUUUCGGCCGGGAGCGGAGGCGGAGGUGCGCCACUUUCUUCAUGUAAUGAUAUACCGUUCGAUUUGACCGCGAGCAGUACUACCAGCAGCAGUCGGGCCAACCGAGAUCAGAAUGCAGCAGGUGCUGGACACCGCCAUUCACUAGGCGUUCGACUCGAUUUUCCAUCACGUGGUGGAGCGAACCCAGCCGGACCGGAGCUUGAGUUUGAUCUCCCACCACGAUCUCCGACUGCUUCGUCCUCGGAAUUACCACCGGACCUUACCGAAGGUAACGCGGGAGGCGUUGGUGAACCAGCUGGUCCUGGAGGCCAAGGGGGAUCCAUUUACUUUUCCGGGACACCAGGUCGGGUAACAGUUUAUAGCGGUACAACGGCAGAUAAAAUUCAUCGCCUACCAGACUUCCUGUCCGAUGGUCCAAUCCAUUCGUCCGGACGGUUAGCCGACGUUACGCACGACACACCGCACGCCUCUGAAACGGCAGCAGCUGCCGCUGCGGCGUCGGACCGACGUCAACGGAUACAGCAGCGACAGCGGGAAGCUCAGUACCAGAAUCGGCUCGGUGCGGAGUUGAUGGAGAAUGAGCGGUUAAGGCGAGAACUAGAAGCUAGCCGGCGAACGGUUAGUGAGCAAUCACGCCGCAUUCGCGAGCUCGAACGAGAUCUGGAAACGAUGGUUACGCUCGCAAGACCCGGUGGUUCCAUGCCGCGAGACGGUGGAAAUGGAACGACGCAAUCGAACGCGAGCAGUUUCUUGCAGGCAAAAACGCGUGCCGCCACUGCAGAGGCAGAGAUGAAACAAUUACGCCAGAAGUUGAGCAGCAUGACUGUCGAAAUGGAGGCACUGCAAAGGGAAAACGAAACGCUUAAGGUGGAAGCUUGUGGAGGCGCAAUUGGAGGCAGCACGGGUGCGGGCGCCAGUGCUAGAGUGCGACAGGACGACGGAGACCGUGGUAGCCGGCCAAAGCGGGAACAGUCUUCCGCAUUCUUGCGCGCACAAACGGUCGCCCUGCGGCAGGCGGCAUCAACAGCGGAGAGCAAUCUUAGGCAAUUGCUAAGCGGAGUGGAAAAUCUACGAACGAUGGCGAAUCAGAUAGAAGCGUUCAGAAACACACAGGACGAAGUUAAGCCCGAGGCAAAUUCACCUCCCCUAGAGGAUUAUUUGCACGACAGUGACAUUAGCAGUAACGAGGGCGACGACGACGAUGAUGCCGAUGUGCCGUUUGGUCCCGCGUUGUAG